AUGUCCACUUCUCUUGAUCUGAAGAACCAGGGUAAUGCUGCCCUAAGUCAGGGCAAGUAUGACCAAGCAAUAGAAUUCUAUACUUCGGCAAUUAAGCUUGACGAAAAAAAUCACGUUCUCUACAGCAACAGAUCCGCAGCCCACGCCAAGGUCGGACAGUACGAGGAUGCUCUGAAAGACGCAGAAAAGUGUGUUUCACUGAAUCCUACAUGGGCCAAAGGGUACAGCAGGAAGGGUGCAGCCCUAGAAUUUUUGGGACGCCUUAAAGAGGCUGAGGAGGCAUAUUUGAAGGCUAUGGACUUAGAACCUUCCAAUGAACAAUUUCAGGAAAGUGCAAUGAACGUGAGGGCGCGGAUGGCGCUUGGCUCCCUUCCUGCUAGGGUGGCUGCCCAUCCUGUCUUAAAGGAGUAUCUAAAAGAUCCGGAUUACGUAGAGAAGCUGCGAUCACUUCAGGAAAAUCCGGCCCUUCUGCAGUUUCUGAUGAAGGAUUCCAAGAUCAAGGAGACCGUCUUUACUCUUUUUACUGCCCAGGAGCCAAUGGACGAGUCCUCACCUCCUCCAUCACCACCCAAAAAGUCAGAGCCGAAGCCGAAGGAGCCUGAACUCGCGGAUGAGGAGAAAGAAGCCCUAAAGGAGAAGGAAUUGGGGAACGCGGCAUAUAAAAAGAAAGAUUUCCAGACUGCCAUCUCCCAUUAUGACAAGGCAUUCGAGCUUGACCCUAAGAACAUUACCUUCCUGACGAAUAAAUCUGCUGUCUACUUUGAGAUGGGUGACUACCCGAAGUGUAUUGAGGUUUGCGAAGAUGCAGUCUCUAAGGGUCGUGAGCUUCGUUCAGACUACAAGCUUAUCGCGAAGGCGUUCGCUCGGAUUGCUCAUUGUUAUGAAAACCAGGGAGACUUGCAGAAUGCCAAAAAAUACUACGACAAAUCACUCUCUGAGUUCCGAGCCCCAGAUGUAAUAAAGAAAUCACAGGCUUUAGAUAAGAAGUUGAAGGAGAUGGAGCGCCAGGCAUACAUCAAUCCGGAGCUCGCGGAGGCGGCCAAACUUGAAGGCAACAAAGCGUUUGAGGCGGGCAACUAUCCUCUUGCAAUGAAACACUACACUGAGGCCAUAAAGCGGAACCCCGAAGAUCCCAAACUAUACAGUAACCGCGCUGCAUGCUAUACUAAGCUCAUGGAGUUUCCUUGUGCGUUAAAGGAUUGUGAAACCUGCAUAUCCCUGGCUCCCGACUUUAUCAAGGGGUAUCUCCGGAAAGCUGCCUGCUUAGUUGCCAUGAAGGACUUAAACCAGGCGCGAAAAGCCUACAGGUUAGUCUAUUCGCUACGUUCUUCAUAGUAGAAGUCAUGAGUCAAAUUUUAUCUGUUUUCUGAUGGGCUUUCUGAAAGUCAUUUUUCUUGCAUGUGUUUGGUAGACUGAAAAUUGAUCGAAUGUAGUAGCUGCUCGCACCUCAAUGCUUUGUUAUGCUCUUACUGUUCACUUCUUGCUUCAGGUGCUCUUGAAUUUGCCGUUCUUUUUCCGCUUGUUUGAAAAAUUACAAUUUAGAACGCCGACUCUCACCAAACUAGCGACGCAAGUUGGGGUGUGGUCACCUGACUGCACCUUAUUGCCUUUUCGGGACCUGCUAGUUCGUCUUAAGAUGCCGACUGCCCUGGCUUGCAGUUGGUAUAUACCUUCCUGGCCAUAUGAGGGGCGUUAGCCGAUGAAUAAGCCAAGUGUCACAUGCCUGAAUUCAGAGUGAAGUCCGUUAAUGAUCAAUUCAGUGACAAGCCUCAGCACCGGUGUCGACUGUCUGGUGAUAUUCACCUUAUCCCCAUUACUCCAACUAUCCCCUAAUCCACAUACUGCUUUCUUCUUUCGUAUCCGCCCUUCCGGUUUAUUUUCACCUCCCCAUGUCACUAUGCGUCAUGUGAGACGACAGCCUGUACCAUGGGGUCAUAACUUACUGGCGACAGCACCUGUCGUGGUUUGGCCACUUCGGUGGCACACGCAUCGCGGACUGUCACGACGCGCGCUUUGCAUCUGACCACAAAGCUGUUAAAACUUUUUGUGCUGUUGGAGUUCCAGUGUUGAUUAACGACUUUAGCUGACCAUCGCUGCGGUCUGAUUAUAGUCCGUGCUUGAUAUAUGAACUCUAUAGAUCAGACUAGUGCAUUUUCUAUGGGCGUUUGUCAGUUAGGUCGAAAUUAUAUUUUCAUCAUCAUCUCGUUCUAGCAAAGAACAUAGGCUGUGUAGACAACACAUAAUAUCGGGGACGAUUUGUGCGCUUGUAGCUGUUGGAUCCUAGACACUGCUGUUCCACACGUCGCAAGUAUUUUGCUUAUUUAACCGAGUGACUCGACUUUGCGCAUAGAUGCAUUUUUUCCGCCGUCAAAUUUUACACGAUCCGUUCUCUAUAGAAAAGCCCUUGAGUUGGAACCGACUUGUGAAGAAGCUCGGCAGGGUCUGAUCCAGUGUGCCACCUCCGAAACUGACCCAGAGGCAGCUCGACAAAGGGCUAUGUACGAUCCGGAGAUCAAGGAGAUCCUCUCUGACCCUGCCAUGCGUAUGAUACUCAAUCAGAUGGAAGAUCCCGACGCCAUGAAGGAGCACCUUAGCAAUCCAGAAAUCGCAUCAAAGCUGAUGAAGCUGAUUGACGCAGGCAUUGUUGCCAUUCGCUGA